GUGAAAGGGAGUUCGAUUCAAAGGGGAAAAAGCCGCUGGGGCGGUCUUUUCGAAAGACGUGUACUGUUGCCGAGGUGCGCCUGCAAACAAGCUCGGCUAUGGUUCUGCAACUGGUCUGCUUUCACAGUUAUGGUACUAGUUUCUGAGGACGCUUGCAAGCCGGGAAGAGUCACGUCCAGAGACAAGGCUACUUGGAAACGCAAGCUUUUGUUGAAGUCAACACCGUAGGAGAGAGUGCUGGAAGCAGCAAUUGCCCCACACAGAGCGGCCGGGCAAUGCAGGUGGAGAACAGUGACUUUGACCAAUUAGUGAAUCAGAACACGAAUGAGAAUUAUUCUAGAACUCUGGAGAGGGAAAGGACCAUCUAGAUACACAAUCAGAAAACUGAAUCAGCUCAGGGUAUCUUGACAGCCAGCGAGCAUUAGUCUAGGGUAGUCGCUGAUGAAGUCUUCUGCACCGUCGCGCUUGCCCAGGGCCCCAACCUCCUCCAGGGCCACUAUGGAUCCUGUUGCGGACAAGGAGAAUGCCUGCGGCCCCCCCGAGAAGAAGCGCAAGCUGUCAACUCUCGACCCAGCUCCUCCAACCAGGCGGGCCACGCUUGGCGGUCUCUCUGCGCGGAAAGACUCUGUGAAUGGCCGGCCGCCGGUGGCUUCUGCAGUGCAAACUGUCCCUGAGCCACAGUGGGAGGGCAUCUCUUCGGCCAGCAUGAACGUGGAAGAGCUGCUGAGCAUGAAGAUGAUGGGGAAGGGCAAGUUCGAUUACAAGGGCAAGAGCGAGCAGAUGAUGGAGUACAUCAAGAAGCUGCGCGCGUGUAUCCGCAACUUCCAGCAGCUGGAGCAGGGCUUCCUCAUGGAGAAGGACAGCCUGCAGGCCGACGUUGCCAAGGAGAAGACACUCAGGGAGGACGCAGCCACGGCCGCCGCAAGGAGGCAGAGUGACUUGGAGACGGAGGUGGCAGCUCUGAAGCAGAACAUCAGCGAACUAGAGCGGAGACUUUCAGACUCCCAGGCGGAAAACGCGAGCCUGCAGGCGGUGCGGCAGAGCAACGGAGAGGCGCUGGCGGAAGCGGCAGAGACAAAGUCCCGGCUCACAGCCGACCUGUCCCGUGCCCAAGCGGAGAUUGCCACAUUGACCGAGCAAGGGGCUGCAAUGCGGGACAUCAACACACGGCUCCAGGAGUACAACACCAGCCUACAGUCGUACAAUAGCAAACUGCAGGGCGAUACGGCAACUGCGCAGCAGGCGCUACUGAAGGUGCAGGAGGAGCGCGCCGUCCUGGUGGAAGAGAUGGCGGCGGUAAAGGGGCAGAAUGCGGCCCUUCAGGCGCAGCUGGGGCAGGCCAUGCGCUCGGCAGACGAGGCAGUCCAGUCGAAGCAGCUCCUAGCCGCGGACUGCGAGAGGGCACGUGCCGAGGUGGUCAAAGUUGUGGCGGAGCGUGACGAGCGGGCGGCCGAAGGGAAGGCCCUGGCGGCAGAGAACGCGCGGUACCGCGAAUGCACCGGAAAGUCUGCCGCAGAGAUGGAGUCGCUCGCGAACAAGGCCACCGCGCUCGAGGAAAGCUUCUCGUCCCAGGCUGAGCUGAUUGCGGGCCUGAGGCGGCAGAUCGAGGUUGGCUCCCAUAAGUUCCAGCUGGCGGAGGGCUUAGCGAAGCAGCGGCGGGCGGAGGCGGACGGCCUUCAGGCUAAGUGCACCGAUUUAGAGGAGCAACUAGCGGAGGCGGAAAAGAAGGUGGCGGACGGAGAGGAGGUCCGCCGCAAGCUGCACAACACUAUCCAGGAGCUGAAGGGCAACAUCCGUGUCUUCUGCCGCGUCCGGCCCCCCCUCCCCGAGGACGAAAAGGAAGGUGCGGGCGAGCCGCCUAUCCUGCAGUACCCCACGUCAGCAGAGCUGGCGGGCAGGGGGGUCGAGCUGGUGCCGGCCGCAGGCCCCAAGUACCCCUUUGCAUUCGACAAGGUUUUCGGGCCUGAGGCGCCCCAGGCGGAGGUGUUCCAGGAGAUCUCCAUGCUCGUGCAGAGCGCCCUCGAUGGCUACAAGGUGUGCAUUUUCGCGUACGGGCAGACCGGUUCCGGCAAGACCCACACCAUGCUGGGCGUCCCCCAGCCGGCGGAGGCCCGGGGCAUGAUCCCCCGGUCGCUGGAGCAGAUCUUCCAGGCCAGCCAGCACCUGGAGGCGCAGGGAUGGACGUUCACGAUGCAGGCGAGCAUGCUGGAGAUCUAUAACGAAUCGCUGAGGGACCUGCUGGUGCCUGCCAGCGCUCAAAAGGACAAGGCCGCGGACGCUGGCGGCAAGGCUCACGCCAUCAAGCACGACGCGCAGGGCAACACAACGGUCGCGGACCUGACGCUCGUGGAGGUCGCCACGUGGCACGAGGUGGAGCUCAUGAUGCAGAAGGCAGCGCAGAGCAGGACGGUCGGCCGCACCGCCAUGAACGAGCGCUCGUCACGCAGCCACUGCGUGUUCACGCUGCGCAUCGCGGGUAGCAACGAGACGACGGAGCAGACCGUCAACGGCGUGCUCAACCUCAUCGACCUCGCCGGCAGCGAGCGCCUCUCGCGCAGCGGGGCCACCGGCGACCGCCUCAAGGAAACCCAGGCCAUCAACAAGAGCCUCAGCUGCCUGGGUGACGUCAUCUCCGCGAUCGCGAACCGCGACGCGCACGUGCCGUACCGCAACUCCAAGCUGACGUACCUGCUGCAGCCGUGCCUCGGGGGCGACUCCAAGACGCUCAUGUUCGUCAACAUUGCGCCCGACCGGAGCUCCUUCAACGAGUCGCUGUGCUCGCUGCGCUUUGCCGCAAAGGUCAACUCGUGCGAGAUCGGGGUGCCGAGGCGGCAGGCCCGGGUGAAGGACGCUUCCGGGCAGUGACUUGCCGCUGAGGGAUGGGGCUGAAUGUGACCAGGCUGAGGAUAGUCGAGAUGCGUUUAGAGCUGAUGCAAGUUUGAAAGUGCAUCUACUCUUGGUCGUGCGGUGAGGAGAUCUUAGAGAGCGCGUUCAAUGUUUGACAGGAAGUCUGUAGUAAGGGGUGCUCGAGAGGGUUCUUGCUGAGAAAGGCAACCAGACCUAUGCGGGCUCGAGGAACGACAUGGAAAGUCCUAAAGGAAAUUUGUUGUUCUUGAACCGAAUCGUACAACGAAAA